AUGCAUUUCUCCCAGCUUCUCAUCACCACAGCCCUCUUCACUCAAGGCACCCUGGCCGUUGGUAUCAAGACCUACACUGGCCGUGACUGCACUGGCACGGAACAGACUCUCACUGUCGAUCACAACGCAGCUUGCAAUCCCAAAGUUCAGCGAUUCCAAUCUUACAAGGAGAACGGAUUCGGACCGGGCAACGGGCAGAGAAUUGCAUUCUACGCCCAGCCGAGUUGCUCUCAGGAGUCCUUCAUUUACGACACAUACUCUAAUAAUGGAGAUUAUUUCCAUUCUAAGCAGUGCUACAAUAUCAAUGGCCAUUCUCCUGUCAAGUACGCUCAGGGUGCUAAGCUCUACUAG